AUGUUCUCAGACAGUAUCUUUCCAUAUCUUUCCGUCAUAGUCACAUCUCAGGUGAUUCACCACACAUUUUUGACACUUGUUGUGCUUCUAAAGCUCUGCAGAGAUGGAUUUCCGGAGUCGUCAUUUCAAGUCCCAUUUGAUUUGCGGCUCUCAGCUGCUGGGCGCCCGGCCGCGCAUUUUUUGGCGCCAAAGUUGCAGCCAAAACAUGGAAACAACAGAAAAGACAGCCCCCUGGAUUUUUUGGACUCAACUCUGCACCCGAAGUCAGGCGUCGUAGAAGGACUCAUGGAAAACCAAGAGACAGGCAGAGAGCAAAAAACAAAACUUGUGGAGCUGGAGAAGGGUAUUGAAGGCAACAAGAGCGAGAAAGAGAAACGAAGACAGAAACAAAGAAUCCUUGCAAUCUUCUUUGGAUCAUUGGGAGUUUGUUUACUGGCGUGGGUUCUCCCACAUAGCAUCAAAGAAGAGGAAGUUCUGGAGGUGUUCGGCAAAUAUGAGGAGGCAUUCUCCUGGUGGAAGAUAUUGAGCCCCUUUGGUCGGGUGGCGCAAUUCCUGAUCUUGCUUGGAAUGGCCGCACUGAACGUGACAUUUGUCACCAGCAAUUUCUUAUCUUUACCAAAGAGGGAUCCAACCGAGACAGCAAACAUGUCCAAGUACUUCGUCGCUUGGCUCGAGUCUCCAAUGGUGAUUUGCUUCGGUUGCCUGACUAUGGCCCUUUUCAUGCACGCAGCGUGUUCUGGAGCAGACGUUGCGGGGAUGGUGAAAUGUCUUCGGUUCACUGGCAGCUUCUCAGCCUUGCGAACCUUGCAGAUGGCGAGCCCCUUCAACGCCAUGAAUGAAAUUCUUGAGACCUAUCGGAACAAGGGCCUUGCAAUGGCCGCAGUAUCUUUCCUCCAUCUUUCUUUCUUUGCUCCGGUGGCUGUGAUGGCGGUCCUUGUGAAAUUGUCCCAAGUGGACUUUGCCACUGAGACCAUUGUCGACCAUUGGAGCCCCUUUCAGUUCUUGGCUUUCGCUGCGUUCAUCAACAACCUCGCCGGGUUGCGGGGAGACAUCUCGAAAGAACGAAAACUCGCAAUUUUCAAAUCCCAGGACUCCAGAGAUCCAGAAGCAGUGCUUGAUGUCUGGGAAAAACAGCUUGGAACGACACUGCAAAAACUCUAUGGUUUUCUCCCAGCACUGGUGCUGAUUGGCACCCUUUCAGUGGAUGAUGUAUGUCACUUGCUGAAUCCAACCAUCAGGUAUCACAGAUAUCAUCUAGUCUCUGAAUGAUUUCGGUGAUGAGCCGAAGCCUUAAGGGCCAAAUUGUGGCCAAAUGGCCACAUGUCCCUGUUUCACUCCAGGAUGGGCUUCCAAAUGGAAAUCUCGAAGUGGACCAAGCCAAUGCAUCCAUCAUCAAUCACAUUUUGGUCAAAC